AUGACAAACAGAAACGAAAACACAGAUGUCAAUGUCGAUUUUUUUCUUAAAUCAUCAAAAUUACCACCCGAGGUUCUUGUUGUAAUUUUGGGUUAUUUACCAAAAUGCGUGUUGCCCGAAUUAUUGUAUUUCCCACCGAUUAGAGAAGUUGUCGCUUUCACAAUCUUAUCAAAUGUAAAUAUUACAUACAGUAUGGAACGUCAAAGAUGGAAAGGUGAACCAUGGCCUGGUUACAUUGAAACAAACUAUCAUCGGUUUGAUAUAAAACUCAAUAAUUUGAAGAAGGGCAUAAGUCAAUGGAAUAUAUAUCCGAAAUCCAUUCAUAUGGAUGGCUCAUAUCAACUUGAGCAAGUUUUGGAAACUUUCCCCGAACUUUUAACCAAAGCUCUGGAUAUUAAUGGUGCAUUUACUGGGUUUAAAGACAGGGAUUUAAAAGUUGUUUUGAAAUUUUUAAUAGAUUCCAAGAUUAAAUUUAAUUCUUUAAGCUUAUCAGGCUUUUCAAAUCUAAUUGCAUUUCAUCCUACUGUCACAAACUUUCUGUUACUGUAUAAUACACCAAUUAGAUAUGAGAUCCCUGGUUUGAAAAAGUUGGCCAUUGUUUUAGGUUGUAGUGGCAUACGAAACCGAACACAUACAUUUCUUUCUGACUUGGAGGAUUUAACAAUUAAGGAUUAUCAGGUUACCCAAUUGAAUUUACCUCCUUUUUUGCGAAGACUAUCUAUAGCCAGAUUUUCGGAUUCGGUAGAUAUCAUAUCCGAAAAAUUGGUUAGUCUAGAGUAUUUAGAGCUUGAGUAUCUGAAGAAUGGGUUUUUUAUCAAAACCGAAAUAACUGCCCCAAAUUUGAAAACAUUGAUCUUAAAAAAAUGUCAAAGCGCUACCAAUUUUGAUGAAUUGAGAAGAUUCCAAAAGUUAAAGCAUCUAUCCUUGAAAUGUUGUACUUUCCCCUCUGGCAUAUUUGAAAAAGGUUUGUUUCCAGAGCUAGAGAUUUUCAAAUAUAUAGGGAAUUACGAAUCUACUUAUCCUGCUAAUAAGUAUCAUAUAGCAUUACAUCUCCCAUCAAAUUUAAGGCAUUUGUCAAUAAAGCAUGCUAGUUUCCUUAUAAUUAAUUUAAAUGCUUUCUUUCUUCCUCCUAAAUUGACACAUUUGGAACUUUGGAAUGUCAAAUUCAGCAAAGGGUAUUUAUACCUUAGUAAAAAUUUAGAGUUUAUACGAAUCAGUGCUCCAGUAAUAAGAUUCCUAGGUAAUUUCAAAAUUCCUCCACAGGCAAAACAUGUACAGAUGAAAGCUAAAUUUUUGAGUAUCAGGAAACCGGAUUUCAUGUAUCAUUUACCCGAUGGAUUAAAAAACUUACAAUUAAUUUCCAAUGGAUCAGAAAAGGUGCUACCAUUAGGUAAAAAAAUUCAUUGGCCAAAAUCAUUAAUAGUGUUCUGUGUACAUAAUUUGGGUUUAAAUUUUCCUUCCUUAGAAUUAUGGAAUUUUAAUAAUUCCAAUCUUGAAGAAAUUGACGUUAUAGGUGGGUUUCUUGAGAAAUUACAUGCUGAUGGAUUGCCCACUAGUCUUAAAAUGUUAACUAUGAAGAAUUUAAGGAUUGAGAAAUUAGGUGGAUCUUUUGAAAACUUAAAAAGUUUGGAAAGAUUGAGUCUUCACUUCAAUGAUAUCAAAUACAUCACUGAUAUGGAAUUUCCAUCAUUGAAAUUUUUAGAUUCGGGAGACAGGAAGGUUGAUUUGGUGCCACCAGUUUCAAUAUCCUUAGUUGAUGCAAAGAAAAAAUUACUUAAUUUGGAACACAAUGGUAACGACCACCAGUAG